AGCUCAAAAAAUCAGGCCGAAUGUGGCAUUCCAGAUUGAAUGAGGAAUUGGAGAAAAUAGGAUUUGUCUCAUGCCGAAGCGAACCAUGUGUAUACACAAAAAAUAACAAUAAAUGUUUGAAUAUCAUCGCAGUGUAUGUGGAUGAUUUGUUACUUGUGUGUACAGACCUAGGUGAGUUGGGCGCAAUAAUAAAGAAAAUCUCUAAUGUUUUUCAGAUAGUAAAUAAGGGUCCUAUAAAUCAUUUUCUGGGUAUGGAAGUGGAGCGUGAAAAUCCAACUGGUGCUUUGACUAUUAGUCAAAAACAACUUGUAUUGCAGCUCUUAAAAAAAAAUCGUAUGAGUGUGUGUCGCCCAGUCUCUACCCCUCUUGAGACAAACUUUCAGGUUCAUUGUUAAUUACCACAAUGUUAAUAACAUUACACAUAUAUAGAUAUUUUGUCAAGCUUUAAUAAGCUUUUAUUUAGUCUUACAUAAUUUAAUUUAAUAAAUAACGACAGUUGUGAUUAUACACUCGAAAAGAAAACAACGC